AUGUGGAUAAACUCUAACCUGCCAAAAUUUACUAAUGAGGUCCAGAGUAGUAUACCAGGUCAACUUUCGAAAGUCAACACACCACUUUAUUUUCCUAUUUUUGUUUCUGACCAAUACAAUAAAAGAUGCCCAUAG